AAGUAGAUUAAAUCAAUAUCUGUGAAUUUUCUGAGCAACUCAUAACGUAGCCCGUUAUCCAAGCACGCCUGCGUCGUCUACGCAAGAAGCGUAAUCAGGGUUCAGGAAUACGCGGCAGUGUUCGCACUGCGAGCUGCGCUUCGCUGUGGGUGAGCGAAGCCUGAGGUGACGGUCAGGACCCGAGCCGAGGAUCGAGCGCUGUAUUCCGGUCUUGGAGGAUGGCCUCGCGCGGGUCGGAGGAAGUAGCGGAGCAGCCUGAAGAAGCCGAGCGGACGCAGGACGGGGAGGAUUUGCGGAUUUCCCCGGCGGAGGAGAUGCCUGUUGACGGGCCCGGGGAUGCGGAGCCGGAGCAGCUACUGCUGCCGUGGGAUCGCUUCUCCGCCUGGCUGCACUGCGUCUGCGUGGUUGGCUUCGACCUGGAGCUCGGCCAGGCAGUGGAGGUUAUAUACCCACACCAUGCUAAGCUAACAGAGAAAGAGAAAAUGAGCAUCUGCUACUUGUCGUUUCCAGAUUCUAACUCUGGCUGUUUAGGAGACACACAGUUUUGCUUCCGUUUCCGGCAGGCGGCGGGCAGGAAGUCCUCACUCGGAUGUUUCCUGGACCACUUCGACAGGGACGCUCCGGUGUUCCUCAAGAAAGAUCAGGGGCAUUUCUACGGUUACGUCUACUUUAGACAAGUUCGAGAUAAAACGCUGAAGAGGGGAUACUUUCAGAAGUCUCUAGUUCUUAUCAGCAAGCUCCCGUAUGUCACCUUCUUCCACUCGCUUCUGAAGCUCAUCGCCCCAGAGUAUUUCGAGAAACAGGAGCCGUGUUUAGAAGCCGCUUGCAACGAUAUCGACCGAUGGCCGACGCCAUGUCCAGGCAAGAUCUUGUCUCUCCCAAUCAUGGGUGUUGUCAUGAAGCUGCGUAUACCGACGUGUUAUGACAAGCCGGGCACCUCGCAGCUUGUGCAGUCCUCCUCGAGCGACAGUCUCGUGUCUGUCGUACUUCCUACCGUGCAUGAAGUGGAUCUGUUCAGGUGUUUCUACCCCGUCUUCUUUCACAUCCAGAUGUUGUGGGAGCUCGUGCUGCUCGGGGAAGCCCUGGUUGUAAUGGCACCGUCACCGGCAGAGUCCUCGGACACGGUGCUGGCGUUAGUCAGCUGUAUCGCCCCGCUACGGUACUGCAGUGACUUCCGACCCUACUUCACCAUCCACGACAGUGAGUUCAAGGAGUACACGACUCGUACCCAGGCUCCACCCUCUGUCAUUUUGGGCGUCACUAAUCCUUUUUUUGCUAAAACGCUUCAGCACUGGCCGCACAUCAUCCGCAUAGGGGACAUGAAGCAAACAGCAGAAAUGGCCAAACAGAUGAAGGUGAAGAAAUUAAAGAACCUGAAAACUCUAGAUUCCAAACCAGGUGUGUACACGGCAUACAAGCCUUUUCUGAACAAAGAUGAAGACAUCAUUAAGCAGCUGCAGAAGGGAGUUCAGCAGAAACGUCCAUCCGAAGCCCAGAAUGCCAUUUUGCGACGAUACUUCUUGGAAUUAACGCAGAGCUUCAUCAUUCCCUUGGAGCGCUACGUGGCCAGCCUGAUGCCUUUGCAGAAAAGCAUCUCUGCCUGGAAAAGUCCUCCUCAGCUUAAACCGUUUGCGCAGGAGGAGUUUAUGAAGACUCUGGAAAAAGCUGGGCCUCAGCUCACAUCCCGCCUCAAAGGAGACUGGAUUGGUCUUUAUAGGCAGUUCCUUAAGUCGCCCAACUUCGAUGGCUGGUUCAGAAACCGCAGGAAAGAAAUGAUGCAGAAGUUGGAGGCCCUGCAUCUCGAGGCACUUUGUGAAGAGGAUCUGCGAUUGCGGAUUCAAAAGCACACGGAAGUGGAGACAGUCGAUCUUGUUCUUAAGCUAAAAGAUAAACUGACGCAGGCCGAGCGAGAGAAGCUGCCGGUAAGAGCAGGAACGCUGGCCAAACUUCAGUCCCACAUUGACUCUAUUAUCCUCUCGCUUCCAGAGGACCUGCAGGGCAUCCUACACAAACCAGCCACACCCUGACCCCAAAUGCCCGAGCUCUAGCAGCGAACCGAGGACGAGGCGACCGAGCCGGUCACAGUUUUAGGGCCUUUGCGUUUAACGCCAACACUGCUCCGCAUAAGCGUGUGGAAGGCAGUCACUCGUACAGAUCCGAGGCCGUCGAGCCGUGGCGCGAUGCUGGCAUUGCCGGACCCUGAAGAGGGCAAAACCAUAUCGUCCCUGUGAUGUUCGCUGCACUGUAUGUGAAGAGAGGUGUUAGGAAUCUCCCUGUUCUUAAUAUCGAUGACUCUUCGUCUCUCACUGUGUGAGACUGCCUUUUUUUUUCUCUCUUUUUUUU